CCUGGUGGCGGGGCCGGCCGCCGCCGCGACGCUGCAGGAGGUGAUGCUGGGCAGCGAGGAGGAGGGCGUCUGCCCCUCGGCCUCCAACCUCACCGUGCUGCUGCGCGGCGUGCGCCACCUGCGCAACCUCGGCGGCGCCUGCCCCUGGGUCACCAAGGCACUAGUCAUGCUCAACAAGUCCCUCCCGAAGCACCCGCCCCUGGCCCUCGAGAACUUCGUGUCGCAGCCCGACAUCAAGGACAAGGAGGCGGCCGUGGUGGCCAAGCUGUGCCCCAACCUCAAGAAGAUCCACCUGGAGAGGCCCGAGGAGAACUGCCAAGCCUUCGUCCCCGACGCAUUGGGCGCGCUGCUGCGCCUGUCGGACCUGAAGCACGUGGAGUCGCUGUGCGUGCUGUCGCUGGACAUCAUCGAGUCCAUGUGCUGCGUGCGGCAGCUGCUGGCGGCGGGGUCGCACCUCACCGAGCUCACCCUGAUGAACGUGGUGCGAGGCCCCGUGGAGCUGCCCUACCUCGCCCACUUCUGCCCGCACCUGCGCAAGCUCUGCCUGCGCGGCUUCAACCUGCGGAAGCUGGCCGAGGGCAGGGACGAGUACGGGACCCGCAAACUCAGGUGGGACGAUGGUGCUGACAAGGACGAUGCCCAGGGCGACAUGCGAGACAAGUCCAAGAAGCGCUUCCUGUGGCCCAGCCUCCAGACCCUGGAGCUGUCGCCCCUCCUGGGCGGCGCCGUGGACAGGGAGUCGCUGCUGGAGAUCGUGCGCGGCGCGCCCAACCUCAGGACGCUGGACGUGGGCACCUCGGCGUCGCAGUUGUCGGACGAGGACGUGCCGGCGCUGAGCCCCGCGGGCAACAAGUUGGUGUCGCUGACGCUGCGCCGCAACGCCAACAUGGGGGAGCCGCUGCGCCUCACGGGGCGCGCCGUGCUCGGCCUGCUGGAGCGCUGCAGCCACCUGACGACCCUGGGCCUGCUCAACGACUGGAGCGUCUCCGAGGCGGAGCAGGCGGAGCUGCGACGCCACUGCACUGCCAACAACCUGCGCGUCUCCCUGCUCGCCUCGCGCUGCGGCUGCUCGUGCGCCAACUGCUGAAGUCCUGUGUACUUGCGGUGCGCGGACUUCUGAUAUCCUGUGAACUUGUCGUACGCUGUCGUCCGUGCUGACGAAGUGAUGUGGUAUUUGCCCCUCAAAGUGGCCUGGAAAACGUUUCUCGUCCACUGAGUUGCGCUCGGUUCCUCUCUGGGAAUCGGCACUUUGACUGUUCACUGAUCUUAAAUUUCACGUACCAUGUCCUGCGGACCCUUAAAAUUACUAAUUAUUUUAACUACAUGGGACCUGUUUGUGUACCACAUUCCUGACGCAAUGUAAUCUAUGUUUCCCUACCAUCCUUUCACCUACUCGUCUGACGAUGUUGAUUCCUGGCUACAUUGCCGUCAUUAAUCUCAGUGAUUUCAACAAUUUUGUUAAAGUGAUAUCAAUUGGCGCGAACCGAAGUGUGGAGGAUCAGUGUUCUGCUGAAGCUAUGAUCUGUUUUUGAUGUGGUGCAGUGUUGAAUGUAGCCAAAACUUAAAGCUCAGCUUCGGGGUGCCAAACUUAAAAAAUAAGACUUGCAUUUGAAUUAAAUUUUAAAAUGUUC